AUGUCGUCGCCUAAACGCUCGCCUUCUCCUGAGUUUUCGCCCUUGGCCAUCGGCGAGGAUCUCUCGCCGCUCCCGGCAUACAAGGCUGCCGGUACCACCGCGACCGAUUUCGCGGGGCUUCUCGCCGAACCCUUGCGGCUCCACGAAGACCUAACCUCCGGAUGUGGUGGACAGACUUGGCCCGCGGGCAUGGUGCUCGCCAAGCACAUGCUCCGAUAUCAUCGGGAUGAUAUGCGAAACUCGCGGAUAUUAGAACUCGGAGCCGGAGGUGGAUUGGUAGGCUUAGCGGUUGCCAAGGGGUGUGCGGUCGAGAAUCCGCUUUACAUUACGGAUCAGUUGGAGAUGUACUCUUUGAUGGAGCACAAUAUCGGCUUGAACGGCCUCGAAGGUCAAGUCAAAGCUGCUAUUCUAAACUGGGGCGAGCCUCUUCCGCAGAGUAUUGCCGCCCUUAAGCCGGACGUGAUCCUCGCAGCGGACUGCGUCUACUUUGAGCCUGCCUUCCCGCUGCUCUUAACCACGUUGUCGGAUCUUCUGAAACUCUGCCCCUCUGCCACCAUCUACUUCUGCUUCAAGAAGAGGAGACGGGCUGACAUGCAGUUCCUCAAGAAAGCACAAAAGUUAUUUCGAGUAACGGAGGUCCCGGAUGAGGACCGACCAGUCUUCAGUAGAGAGGGACUUUUCCUGUAUACUUUCCAUGCUACGUAGAGAGGGGAUAUUGGACUCUCGGCUCUUAUCGCCCAUCUUAUUAUCAAUCAAUCCGGGUGGUGUCGACAUAGACUGGUUUCACGCCCAGACAUUCCUGCAUGUAGUUGGCGACACAAAUCAAGUUCUGUUUGUCCCCGGGGAAGAUAGUGUUACUUCUAUCACUUUUGGUGCCUAGGUAGAUUAAGUUGAGACGGGAACAUGCAGGACAUGCAGCCUUUCUUGUAGAGACGUCCAUGUUAGACAGAAAAGCACAUCCAGGUAAUCAUUUGCCAUGAGCGAAGUUCGGACGAACCCUGAAUUCACAGGCUAUCAUUGGAACUUACACAUCUCUGACAUAAU